AAGGCACCUCCCCAAAAGAAAGAAAAAAAUGCAAAAACGGGGAGGAGACAACAGAUGGAAAUACAUCUGGUGUGGGUGUGACCUCCUGCCUCGGAUAAAUAACUGAGGGCCGGGACAAAGAGAGAGCGGGUCGGGCGAGCUGGGAGGGAGCAAGCAGGCCUGGGGAAAGUGCAAAGCGUUGCGAUAAGCGCGCUGCUCCCCCUCGCCUUUUCGGAGGGAGGCGGCCUCUGAUUGGUGUGACUCGAUUCAACUUGCUUCCCUCCCAAAGCAGCCGGGGCUGGGCAACCAGCCUCUCCUCCCGCCUGCAAGGAAGGUUUUUCCUGCUCCCUUUUUGGCUCCUGUUUUUUCAGCUCCCAGGUGAAGAGGGAAACCGAUUCCGGAGCAGCACGAAGACCUCCAGAUGCACAGGGACGGGUCUGAGAGGAGCGGGCAGGGGCGGAGCGGCGGGGGCACCGUCCCCUCAGCACGCAGAGUCUCCUUCAAAAUUCAGAUGAGCUGAUGGAAUACCUGCAUGAAGCCUGUUGCUGAAUUCGGUGAAAAAUGCCAGCGCGUUGACGUUCUGAGGUGCAACAAGUGUUACUCUUUAAUGCCAUCUGUUCCGUCACUCUCUGAGCCAUGUUAUUUAAAAGAAGAGCACUUGUGAAGGAAGGGUGCCCAUCAGAUAUAAAACGCUGAGAAGACUAUGCGUCACAGUGGAAAUCUAACCUAAAGAAAGCCUUUGUCGAAGGGGAAAGCCAGCAUGUUUUAAAAAGAGAUCCUAAACUGGAAUAAACUAAACAGCAGAAUGUUUGUAAGUGGCAGGCGAGUAAGAAAAUGGCAGUUUUUGCAGUUAUUUGCCACUUGCUUCAUCUUGUGUCUCAUGAUUUUUUGGGGACCGCUCGAUAAUCACAUCAUGAGCCACAUGAAGUCUUACUCGUAUAGAUACCUCAUUAACAGCUAUAACUUUGUGAACAACAGCCUGUCUCUCAGACACAACACGGAUGGAGUUGCUAGUUACCAGUACUUGAUUAACCACGAAGAGAAAUGUCACGCUCAAGAUGUUCUCCUUUUGCUGUUUGUGAAGACCUCUCCCGAAAACCAAAAUCGCCGGGAUGCGAUUAGAGAAACAUGGGGCAACGAACGAUACGUGCGGACUCAACUUAACGCCAACAUCAAAACUCUAUUUGCUUUAGGGCGACCUGCCAAUCCCCUGCACAGAGAGAGGCUACAGAGAAAGCUUCAAGCGGAAGAUGUGGAGCACAAUGAUAUCAUUCAGCAAGACUUCGCCGACACUUUCCACAAUCUCACGCUUAAACUACUCAUGCAGUUCAGAUGGGUGAACAGAUAUUGUCCUCAUGCUAAAUUCAUUAUGUCUGCCGAUGAUGAUAUAUUUAUCCAUAUGCCAAAUCUUGUCGCCUACCUCCAGAGUUUGGAACAGAUUGGUGUUCAAGAUUUCUGGGUUGGACGUGUACACCGUGGCUCCCCUCCCGUAAGGGAUAAGACCAGCAAAUACUAUGUCCCCUAUGAAAUGUACCACUGGCCCGCGUACCCUGACUAUACAGCCGGAGCAGCGUACGUCAUAUCAAAUGAUGUAGCCGCCAAGGUAUACGAAGCGUCACAGACGCUCAAUUCCAGCCUUUACAUCGAUGACGUUUUCAUGGGUCUCUGUGCCAAUAAAAUGGGAAUAGUGCCGCAAUACCACGUGUUUUUUUCCGGGGAAGGAAAAGCUCCCUAUCAUCCUUGCAUUUAUAAAAGUAUGAUGACCUCUCACGGACACACUGAAGACCUUCACCACCUUUGGAAGGAGGCCACGGAUCCUAAAGUCAAAAGUAUUUCCAACAGCUUUUUUGGAAGACUGUAUUGUAGAAUAGUUAAUAUUAUGCUGCUUUGCAAAUUCCAUUAUGUGGACACUUAUCCUUGCACAGCGGCAUUAUCCUAGAAGUACUUGAACACCUGCGCCAAUUCACUGAGCCAGGCCAGCAGGAAAAUGUCAAACUGCUUAUUCAAACCCCCUGUGAAGGUAAAAGUUGACAAAGUAGCAUUCACCAAAAUCUUCCUUUGUUUCAGAAGGCUAUUUAACUGGUAACUCUUCUUUCAGCCUAUUCUAUAUUUUAAUCUGAGCGAUUCAAGCCUCGGCUAGAUAGGAACUACUGUCAAUGAAGCAAAAAUUUAAAAAAUGAGGUUCAAGUACUCAGUGGCUUGUGAAAAGUCUUCACCAAGUACAUGAGAGACCAGAUAUGCUUUUCCAAGAAUUCUUGUGUUUCUAUGUACUUUGGAAAAUGGCAUUUCAGAAAAAGGCAUUCAGGCUCUUGUGCCAGCAAAACCAGCUAUCUCAAAAAAAAGACUUUUGGAAUGGGGAAGAAAGGAAAGGGAAUUUAUACCACUGAUCCAUUUGAAGGCAGUUUUCGAAAACUUUUCACAACACUGCAGAAAUUCUCUAAAGGACGUGUAGCUAAAAAUCUGUUCACUUUCUUAAAGCAGACUAGCCUAUAAAAUGGGAAAUGGGUGUGCUAUCCUUACUUUUGUAUUUGGUGCUUUUCAGAGGUGUAAGCAUGUUCUGUUUGGAAUAGAGAGAAUGCUUCCUAAAGCGUGUUUAGUCACCAUGCUAUCCAAGCUCACCAAUCUCAGGAGACAGUGGAGCACUGAAGUUUUAACUUUAGAUGGACGUGAUUUUGAAAUUUUUAAAUAUUUGUUACAACAGGAGUUUGAAUGUAAAAAAGUGUUAGCAUUUAGUGUCAAAGCUUUUUCUCAGAUAUUCUUCAGUUAUACUGUCUUCCAACUGAUCAUUUUUAAAAUGGCAAAGGUGAUGUGGGGGAAGAGCACUUUAUGAUCUAGAAGGGGAAGAAUCCAAAAGGAAAGUUAAAAAAAAAAACCCCAACAAACUAAGCUUUGUGUUUUUCCUCAUUUGUCAUUUUUGUUAGCAUGUAUAACCUAUAGGUUUUUUUUGGGGGGGUGUCAAAAAGUGAAAGGGAGAUGAGAUAAUUACGUGCACAAAACAGAUGGGGUGGGGAAUUGAGGAUAGCGACAAGAAUUUUUGAAAAAAAGCUCUAAAUUCUUUCCCCCAGAUCCUAAUAUAAGUAAAUGUACGAGAGUUCAAAUGUCAUUUUUAGAAUACUUCUAGCUAGAAAACAGCGAAGUGAAGCACAAGCUUAUGUAGAAAAUUGGCAUAGCUAGAGAGACCUGUUAUAUACCAGAUCUGAAAAAUGUACUUGAAAAUACUAGGAUUAAGAUGUCAAAUGUUUGAUAGGAAGUGUCACAAUAUGGGAAAGGUAGAAGAAAUUCAGGGGGGCUGGCUUGUUUUUAAUGUACCUGAGCAUCUCUGGCAAACUUUUUUUUUUUUUUUUUUUUUACUUCAGGCAGGCUUAAAGGUUUGGCACCAAGAUGUUUUAGGCUUUACGUAGAGAAUGACUGAAGUGGUGUUCCUUAAUAUGACGGAAUAAAGAAUUCUCAUAAAACAAUUGGACCUGGUCAAUGCAAAUUUAAGAGUUCCAAAAUUCCACUCCGAACUGGAUUUCAGAACAGUAUGGUUUCCCCAGUAAAAUUAAGUCUGGAAUAUUCAAGAAUAAACACACACCCCGCCACCCCCAUCUAUACUACUCAAUAAGUGAUUUAGCAAGUUACAACUUAUACAGAAAAAUCCAGUACCUUUUUUUCUAUUCCAAACAGUAUUGUUUACAUUGCUCUGAUUAGUAAUUUAGUUUUAAGCAAUGUCAAAGUGGUAAAGGUAAACAUUACAAGUUAUCUUAUUCCAGGAGUAGAUCUAAAAUAUAUGCUAGGGAUUUUUUUUAGCAGGAGGACCAAACUUUUCCCCAUUACUGCAAGUCAUAUACAUCAAAAAUUGAUACUUUGUGAUGAAUUUGUGCUGUUUUGUUUGGAAUACUCAUUCAAAUCUCAGAUGUAUUUCAUGCUCUAAUUAGGAACUGUUAAGUUUGACAUUGGUGAAGAUUAUUCCUGUCUGUCCUUAUUGCAUUGCAUUUGUUUACAGCAGGUCUGUAUUGGCUACAGCAGGUCUGUUUUUGUUAAACAAUUAUUUAUUUUGAAAGGAUUUUUUCAGGGCCUUAUUUGUUCCCAUUUUUAUUUCUGCUUCAGAGUAGAGAAGGGGAAGUUUUGAAUUUGGAGAAAAUAUGAUGGCAUUCUUUAACAUGAGAAUUGCUGGAAACUUUCUGAAACUCAAAACGUUAAUGUGUAGAAUUUACAAAUGAAUAGAUUCCAACCUUUUCAAAAGGAAGGAUUAAAAACUGCUAGUGCACCAAUGCAGGGCAGUGAAGUUCUUAAAGAACAAAGCCCGGAUGGUCACUUGUAACAGUUUGGAGGUGGUUGUUCAACAGUAUUAGUGAAGCUUUUUACAUAUGCAUCUUUACCCUUUAGUAUGGAUUUUGUACAAAAAUGUUAAACUAUUUAUAUACUUGAAUUUGUCAUAAUGCAAAAAGAAUCAUUUUGUAAAGCUUUUCUAGAAUGUCCAAUAAAUAAUUUAAAACUGGUA